AUGGCCAACUUAUUGAAAGAGGUUUAUGAAAAGACAAGUGAGUAUACAGCUUUUUACACUGGCGGAGAUAUACAGUGGACUUCUGAUGGAAGCCAUUUUCUAUGUCAAUGUGAAGACGUUAUUAAAGUCAUUGAUAUUAAUACUUUAUGUAACAUUAUGACAAUUGGUGAAGCAAUCGAAGACAGAGAUGAAAUGGAUCAAAUCUAUACAUUUCAACUAUCUAACAACAAUGAUGUAAUUGUAACUGCUCAUAAAAGUGGCUUAAUGAAAUUAUGGGAUAGAAAUACUGGGAAGCAAUUAAAAGUUUGGCGAUCAGGUCAUAAAGGAGCUGUUGCCAGAUUAGCUUUUGAUCCUACUGAUAGUAAUAUUGCAUCAGCUGGUUCUGAUGGCAAUAUCAGAUUAUGGGAUCUUAAUCACUACACUUGCAUUAGUAGUCUCCAUGGCGCUUUAGGUGUUUUUACAGUUGUUAAGUAUCAUCCAGAUAUCUCAAAACAAAUUAUUUUUGGAGCAGCUGAUGACACCAAGAUUAGAUCGUGGGAUUCAAAGACUGGUAAAGAACUUUUGUUAUACUCUGGACAUUUUAGCAAGGUAACAUCCUUACUCUUUACUUCAGAUGGUGAAUACAUGGUAAGUUCAGGUAGGGACAGGGUUUUGAUACUUUGGAAAAUUGGUGAAAGUAAAGCUGUGCGAGUACUACCAGUGUAUGAAAGUAUUGAAACUGCUAUACUCUUGCCCCCAUCAUUUAAAAUUCCGAAUUUUAAGAAGAAAUUAGAAAUGGAUGGAAUAUAUGUUGCUUGUGCUGGUGAAAAAGGAAUAGUAAAGGUGUGGAAUUUACAGAUGAGUCGUCUAAUGUUUGAACAAAAUAACAGCCUUGUUUCUCCUGCAUCUGAAGAAGGAGGACUGGCAAUUACUUAUCUUCUAUUUAAUGAAGCCAGAAACAUGCUAUCUGUAGUAACAGCAGACCAUAAUAUUAUCAUACAUGAUCUUGAAACGUUUAAUUGUUUGAAGCAAAUGAUUGGUUUUACUGAUGAAAUAUUGGAUAUAGUAUUUAUAGGAAAAGAUGAAUCACAUUUUAUUGUAGCUACUAAUAGUCGAGAUCUAAAACAUUAUGAAUUAGACAACCUUAAUUGUAAAAUCCUUAAAGGACAUACUGAUAUUGUUUUGUCUCUUGCAUGUUUCCCCACUAGGCCUGAUAUGUUUGUAUCAUCUGGAAAAGAUAAUACUGUGAGAAUUUGGCUUAGAGAUAUAAACAACGAUAUCAAAUGUUUAGGAGUAGGGUCAAGACAUACUGCAUCUGUUGGAUCAGUAUUUACAUCUCAAACAUCAGAUAAGUUUUUUACAUCAGUAAGUCAAGACAACUGUUUGAAGGUAUGGUCGGUUCCUAAAAACCUUGAUGUAUCUGAAUUAAAAAUAAAAUCAACACAUACUGAACUAGCUCAUCAAAUGGAUAUAAAUUGUGUUGCUGUUUCACCAAAUGAUAAAAUAAUUGCUACUGCUUCACAAGACAAAACUGCUAAAUUAUGGUCAGAAGAUUUAACAUUGUUGGGAGUGUUAAAAGGACAUAGAAGAGGGAUUUGGUGUGUAAGAUUUUCACCUGUAGAUCAAGUAGUGCUUACGUCUUCUGCUGACUGUUCUCUAAAACUUUGGUCUAUUGCUGAUUUGAGUUGCCUUAAAACAUUUGAGGGACAUGAAAGUUCAGUAUUAAAAAUUGAAUUCUUAAGUAAGGGCCAACAAAUUAUAUCUAGUGGUGCUGAUGGACUUCUGAAACUGUGGAAUAUAAAAACAUCAGAGUGUAAAAUGUCUUUAGACAAUCAUGAUGGAAAAGUUUGGUCAUUAGCUGUAAAUAAAAAUGAAUCCAUUAUAAUAACUGGUGGCUCUGAUUCUAAAUUAGUCAAGUUAAAAGACGUAACGGUAGAGCGUCGAGAAAAAAUGGCUAAAGAGAGAGAAGAAUUAAUUUUGCAAGAGCAAGAAUUACAAAAUUUGUUGCAUGACAAGAAAUUGGUGAAGGCAUUAAAAUUAGCGUUACGUAUGGAUAGACCAUUACAUGUUCUCAAGAUUAUAAAUGAAGUUUUAAAGUGUGGGAAUAGUAAGCUUUAUGAAACUAUUAAAGAAAUAAAUCACACGCAAAAAGAAACGCUGUUAAAAUUUGCUGUGGAAUGGAAUACAAAUAAUAAAAAUUGCCAUGCUGCUCAACUUGUGUUUAACAUAUUAGCUCCAGAAAUUAUUUCGGGCAAUCUUAAAGUACCAAAUUUAUCUAGUUUCAUUGAAGGUGCCUUACCGUACACCGAGCGACAUUUCGAAAGGUUGACAAAUUUACUACAAGAUCUUAAUUUUAUUACGUAUACUGUUAAUUGUAUGCAACCACACGCCGUUAAAAAUUAA